AUGGCGUCGGCCUCUCCUUCAAAUCCCAAGGAACCUGAGGUGGAACCAGGAACACAGUCGGGCGACGACGCGGAGCACAUGGAAAGAGAACACCAAGAUUCGCAACCGCAAACUCAGGGUGAAUUUGAGGUGAAAGAGCAGGAUCGAUGGCUUCCGAUUGCAAACGGUUCUGAAUGUUUGCCCUGUAUCAACCCCGAUGAUAGCCAUGCAACCACCUCUGUGAAGAUUAAGUUCAUCUAUUCUGAGGCGUUUGGUACUGACAUUCGAGUUCUAUUAGUCGCCCGGAUUAUGAAAACUGCCCUCCCCGAGAAUGCGAAGAUUGCCAAGGAAGCCAAGGAGUGCAUGCAGGAAUGCGUGAGCGAGUUCAUAUCUUUUAUCACCAGCGAAGCAUCGGAGAAAUGUCAGGGAGAAAAACGCAAGACGGUCAAUGGCGAGGAUAUCCUAUUCGCGAUGACGUCUCUCGGUUUCGAGAACUACGCGGAGGCUUUGAAGAUUUACUUGUCAAAAUAUCGCGAAACCCAAUCCUCAAGGGCGGAGAAUCAGAACCGGCCCCCGAGCAGCGAAUACCCUCAGGGCGGACCAGUCGGCGGCGCUGGCCCCCCAGGCGCCGGCGGCAUUGGUGGGCCAGCGGCAGCACCCGGCUUCGCAGUUCCACCCGAGAAUGCCAACAACAUUUUGAAUGCGAGCUUGGACCCGAACGAGCAAGACAGCGCAACAUACGGAUAUCCGCCCAUGGUAGGCGCGACGCACAAUGGUGCCGGUGGCGAGACCUACUAG